UUCUUGGGCCUUUGCGUUUUGGAGAGAGGGAGAGGGAAUUCCGUUUCUCCCCCCCUUCCCUCUUGCUCUUUUCCCCCCUUUCCCCGCCUCUCUCUCUCUCUCUCUCUCUCUCCGAACAGAACAAAUUCUAAGGUUCCAUGUGACAGAGAAAAUGUAGUUUUAUGUUUUUUAUUUUUAUCCGAAGAAAUCAGGUUGUGUUUCAUUUUUAUGUUGUGAGAAGAAGAAUCUUAAACCUCUGUGUCUUGAGUCUGGGUAAAAGAAGUGGUUUUAUUGUUUAAGGUCUUUGUGGGUAUCGAAGAUGGCGGAUGGAGAAGACAAGAACAACAGUGAUUUGUAUGCGGUUCUUGGAUUGAAUAAGGAAUGUACUCCAGCAGAGCUCAGGAACGCUUAUAAGAAACUUGCAAUGAGAUGGCAUCCAGAUCGCUGUUCCGCGUCGGGGAAUUCAAUGUUUGUGGAAGAAGCAAAGAAGAAAUUUCAGGCAAUCCAAGAAGCCUACUCUGUUCUUUCUGACGCAAACAAGAGGUUUCUGUACGACGUCGGAGCUUACGAAAGUGAUGACGACGAAAAUGGAAUGGGUGAUUUUUUAAACGAAAUGGCAGCCAUGAUGAGCCAAACAAAGCCUAAUGAGAAUGGGAAUGCACAAGAGAGCUUUGAAGAAUUGCAAGAGUUGUUUCAAGAGAUGUUUCAAGGGGAUAUGGGAUUCAACACAUUUGGAUCUAGUUCUCAGCCUACUACUUCUUCGUGUUCUGCUUCCUCUGCAUAUGCAACCUGUAGCGAAACCUCCAAUCCUAACAACAACAAGCGCAAUUCAUCAGAAAUGAAUUAUGGCAAGAAAAAGGUAGAUGAUUCUUCAGGGUUUCAUGCUCAUUUCCAAACCUUUUGUUUAGGGACAGGUGGAACAGCAGCAAGAUUUCAAGAAGGGGAAGGAAGCAAGAGGAGGAAUUCGAGGAAAACCCGGAGGUAGUAGGAGGCAGGGAAGGAAACAGAAGGUUUCAUCUCGCCACAAUGUCUCAUCCAAUGACUUGGGCAUUUCUGCUUCCUGAUGUAUUUGUCUUACCCGUUGACUGAAGCAGAUUCCGCACAGGAAUUUUUUUUUCUAACUCGCGGUAUAUUGACCCGGACAAGUCAGGCAGACAAAGGCACACACCCUGUGGCAUGUCUGAUCUCUUAUCAUCUUGAGGGAACAAACACCACCAAUUUUGGUGAUUGCAGAAGCAUCAGAAACCUUCUCAGUUUGGCUCUCUUAAUCAAGGCUUAGAAAAUGGCUUUGAUCUUCAAUGUAGUAGUUAUUUGCCAUGGCUGCCAGUAAAGUUCAUCUGUAGUGUCACGAUCCUGUGUUUUUCUCCUGUUUCUAGUGUUAGUAUCUUUCUAUGCUAGUCAGUGGAUCCUAUUCAAUCAUUGUUAUACUAUCAUAUUUGUUUAGUACAUACAUGUUUCAGUCAAGAAAAAGUUAGAUGGGGGUAUUAAAUUUUCGCAA